AUGCGCUUGUCUUGCCUCUCAUGUCGGCUUCGAAAUUCUCCCUCAGAAAGCGAAAAUAAAGCAUUAAUGUUUUCAACUUCUACUCUCUUUCUGCUAUGAAAAUAUAAUAGACAACCGUAAACUUUCCUUUAGUGUCUACACAAAUGUACAUCGCAUAAAAGACUAUAAACUCGGCGGAAAUUGGGUAAAUAUACAUGUUGUACUCGGCAAAUUUGAUGUUAAUUGUAUAUCAUCGAAAUUGCUGUGUUGAUAUAUGAAAUCUUGUCGCACUACUGGUCGGAAUGUCAAGGCACGAAGGUAUUGUAUAGUUUAUUGCAUUCUAAUGCUUUGUUUAGCGUAGUUUUUGAACUUAGUUUUAGUUAUCCAGAUAUUUGCUGAAGGUGAACCUAUCCAACAUCAAUUUUCAAUAUAGUAAUUGUGGCUUUAUAUGUGCUGUGAUCUGGCCAAAUUGUAGUGAAUAGUGUACACAUUUUAUGUGUUAUAGUACACCGUGUUUUAUUGUGUCUUAGUUUGUGAAUUGUGGAUAAUAUUGCUUCAAUAAUUUGAAAACAGGCAAAGUAAUGUAUUAAAUAUGCAUAGAGGAACUUAAAUGCUGGAUAGCCUGAAUGUUUUAAUAGUUCACAUGCUAAUAUUAGAAUCACCUGGAACCUGAAGUUGAACAAAGAGCUUAAAGUAACAGGAAGUGUUAUAAACAAAAAUACAAUGCUGUUCCCAAACAUGUCCGUGAAAAUGUGAUUCAUGCAGGCCUUAAAAUAUCGGUCAGUCACAGACAUUGUCUGACCCAUUCGUGAAAUUGUCCGACGUAGAGAGGAAACCACUGGACAUUCUGUCUGACCAAAGUGAAACUGAUGUUUAUCUGACCUGAGUGAAUUGGCGUCCACCCUAACUGUAACUUUGUCCAACAUAAAUCGAAGUAUACCCUAGUCCAGGACUAGAGGCUCAUGUGCUAAAUGGAAAUCAGAGUAACAUAUAAAAAGUGAACUGGAGAUGUGUAAUCAAGUGCUGGGUUUUCACCGUGGGGGUUGGAAAUUCAUUGCCAAUGUUCAAAUGACUUUUCCAAAUUGUGCUGAUAUGAAUUUUUAUUUGCAUACAUACUUAUUUCUAAGCCAAACUGAACUCAAAGUCAUCAGACAUCAUACAGUAUAUAUGUCCGAGCCAAAAUCCAAGUUCGUUGAACAUUUUGUCAGAUGAUUUUUUCUCAUGUGUUGGUGUUGUGUACUGAGGGCUAGUACAUUGGGCUAGUAUUCCAAAAGUCGUAGGUUCGAUUCCCACCGUGGCCGGGCAUAUUUUUCAAGCUCGUCCGGUGUAGAUAUACACUCAAAGUAACAUCACAAACAUCAUUUUGUCAGAUGGUUCUCUGACCAAUAUUUUAAGGCCUGAUUUAUGGCAUGCCUUCAUUGCUUCUACACCGGGUAAACUAAUGGACUACCUGACUUGUUGUGAACUCAUGUAAGGUCAGUUCUCAUUGAUUCUCCCACCUUCUUUGAAGGUUUUCUCCAGACUUUUUCCUUCCUCACAAAGAACUAACCUUUCCGUCUUAAUUAACUCUGUGAAUAACCCAUUGAGCGACAGCACUCUCCCCCUGAGAAGUAAAAUCGUCUGCCGUUAGACAGAGUAAAGUAAUCAAGUAGGCCGCAUUGCCACUUAAAGGGUUAACCAUUAAAGUGCAACACUCUCCCUUUGACAAAUAAAUGUGCCUGGCAUUAAGCCGUUAACAGAGUAAAAUAAUAAAGUAAGGUGCAUUUGGGUGCAUUGCAACUUAAUGGGUGAACUAAACAUAUUGGCAGUUAAUGUUUAGUUAACCCAUUAAAGUGCAACACUCUCCCCUUGACAAGUAAAAUAAUCUGGCAUUACACAGCAUAAAAUAAUAAAGUAGGGUGCAUUGGGGGUACAUUGCAGCUUAAUGGGUUAGCAAGACACAUUGAUAGGUUGUUUGGUUAACCCAUUAAAGCACAAGACUCUCCCCUUGACAAGUAAAAUCAUCUGGUGUUAACCCAUUAAGCGCCAGCGCUCUCCCCUUGACGAGUAAAAUCGUCUGGCAUUAGACAGAGUAAAAUACUAAAGUAGGGUGCAUCAGGGUGCAAUGCGACUCAAUGGGUUAAGAGUAAAAUAAUAAAUAGGACCGUAUUGCAGCUUAAUGGGCAUGCUUGGUAUGGUGGCAGCCAGUUGCACCACAGUAAGCCAUUGAUGUGAUCACACAGUGGCGGAAAUCUUGGUGGGGCGGGUGGGCGACCACCCCCCCCCCCCCACACCUUCAUGGAAAAUGCAGAAUUUUCAGAAAUUUUGACCUAAAAGAAGGCUAAAAACAGCCUUUUCGAGUGCAAAUGGGGGGGGGGGGUUGUCGGAAAUUUGAAAGUUUUGUUGAAAAUUUAGGAGGCUUUGCCCCCCACCGGAAAAAGAGAAUUUCCACCACUGUGAUCACAUUUGAACUGUGCCCUCUCCCAGUUUUCAACUACAAGGAAAGAUGAUUAGCACCCCCAACAUUCACCUUUUGAUGGUAUAUAUAACCAGAAAAAUUAAGAGGAAUUUGCACUUCCAGUUAUUAUUGCUUAUUCUACUAUUUUUGCAUCAUGGUAGAAGGUUCUGUUAAAAGUAUGAAACUAUGUAAAAAUGCAAGUACAGUCUAUUUGCACUUAUCAGAAUUGUUGUCAUUUUUUACUAUUUUUGCAUCCAAAUUAUGAACUUUAUAAAUGAAGUGGUGAAAACUAAGCAGUCAUAUUUUUCAGCUUACAGAGUAAAAUAAAUUAUCAAUGAAGGUAGCUCAAUCAGACUUUGCUAAAGAAUAUUGUAGAAUCUCUAAUUAACCCAUUGAGGGCUAGUGAGUAAAAUCACCUGGCAUUAGACGGAGUAAAAUAAUAAAGUAGGGUGCACUAGGGCACAAUGCAACUUAAUGGGUUAGGGCACAAUGCAAUUUAAUGGGUUAAUACUGUUUGUAUCAUGCAUGUGCAAAACAGACUGUACCGUAACUUUAAUAAAAUAUAUUUGUAUUAUCAGGUGUGAGCUGUGACUCGUGUAGCAAGAAUAAUUUCCGUGGCAAGAGAUUCAAGUGUUUAAUAUGUUAUGAUUACGAUCUUUGUGCCCAAUGUUACGACAGUGGAGCGUCCACAACUAGGCACACCAAGGAUCAUCCAAUGCAGUGUAUUUUAACAAGAACUGAUUUUGGUAUGUAAAAUAGAUUGUUCCAGAAAAAUAUUUCAUCUCCGUAUGUGAAAAUUUUGUGAUGCCUCAGAGCCUGAAAUAACAUUCAAAAUUUGUCUGGAAAAAUGUCAGGCCAAAAUGAAAUUUGAUCAGAAUCUUUCAAGCUAAUACAUCAAUAAUACUUUAUGCCAAAUAUAUAACUAGCCAGUGUAGUUAAACUUUUAUAUUUAAUGUUCUUUGCGGGAUGAUUGCAUGCUUAUGGUUAACCCAGCCUUUCAAGAAGGAUGAUUCGUAUUUUUUGUCCGGACAAAAUGUCUGACCAAUUUAGCAUUUGGUCAGAAAAACUGUGAUUUGGUCGGAAAAUGUCCAACCGUUAUUUUAGACUCUGCGCCUGCAGGGGAAGGGGGAAAUAUACUUAGAACUGAUAAUGUUCUAAGACAUCUGGUGACCCAUUAAGAAAGGUUUGAACUAUAUUCACUUUUUCAAAGGUAUUAUUUGUUAAUUAAUCAGGGUUUUCAGUUUAGGCCGGCGAACAGCAAAUUUUGCCAGACUUUUUCAUUCAACCCCACCCAAAUUUGCCAGAGCUUUUACAUAAAUAUAUAAUCCAUGUGCAUGAAUGAUUGUGAAACUUAACUGAGGGGCAGUCUACAUGGUCUAGGCUUUUCCCUUUCGCCAUAGCUUCAUCGCCAUUAGCCAGAGCCUCACACAAAACUGAAAACCCUGAUUAAUAAUUCCAUUUGUGAAAUUUAGAACUUUACUUUGGCGGUGAAGCAUUAACUGUGGAUCAACCUCAAUCAUUUUGUUGUCCAUUUUGUGGCAAGCUUGGCUUAACUGAGAGUGGAUUACCAGAGCAUGUUACAACUGAACAUCCUGAUGCUACCUCUGAAGUUGUAAGUCUGCAUUAUUAUGUUUCUGCUUAUAGUCAGAAAUAAUUGUGGUCAGCUAUAUGUUGGCCAGAUAGCCCUAUAGAGCAGCAUGUAUAGACCCCACAAUCAAUAUUUAAAAGCUCACAUAAUAUGUACAUGUUAUAGUGACUGACCAAUAAUAGACCUUUCCCCUUUUGAGUGAAAUUUUGAUCUAAACAAGUCUGGACAAAAAUGUCAUCACAAAAGAGCUUCACAAAAUUAGUAAUGUUCCAAAGUUUCGUUGCGAAAUGUUGUAAAAUGCAGAUAAUAUAGCCUUGCGAAGUUUGCCAUUUUUCAGUCAUUUUGUAUUACAAAUGGGAAAUUGAUAAUCAGUUUGAUCAUCUGAUUAUCAAUUUCCCGUUUGUAAUGCAAAAUGACUGAAAAACGGCAAACUUCGCAAGGCUAUAUUAUCAGCAUUUUACAACAUUUCGCAACGAAACUUCGGAAUAUUACUAAUUUUGUGAUGCUCUUUCAAGCUGUGAUGAAAUUUUUGUCCAGGCAUAUCUAGAUCAAAAUUUCACUCAAAAGGGGAAAGGUCUAUUGGUAUUGGGCCAAUUUUUUGCCUUAUCAGUAGACAAUCGGAAUCGGUAGAAUUAUCUGUAUUUCCGAUUGUGUAAAACCGAUUGUUGAGAAAGUACGCAUUUUAAUUAUAUAAAUUGCGUGUUGAUACACAUUGCGUUUAAAGCAACUGAUGCACAUUGCGUUUUAAAGCAACAUGUUGCUGCGACAUAUGAAGUUGGAAAGUAUCGUUAAAAAAUCGAAAUGAUCGUCACCUUUACUUGGUUGACAGACAUUGUGACGUCAUUAUGUCGAUAAUCGCUUUAUGAGACGACAAUAAAGACCUACGAUUGGUUCUAUUCCUUUUUAAUAUCUAAAACAUGCUAUUUUUAUACUAAAUAAAUGCUCUCGAAAAACAACAACGUUCCGCCAUCUUGGAUUCUCACACGUGUUUUUAUAACCCUAUUUAUCCCUACAUAUCCACAUUUAUAAUGUCCUGUCCGUUUCUAUCUCUAGAUAUCAACUUGAAUUAUCGCUUGUCCGUCUAUAUCCCUACAUUUUCCCACACUCUCCCCCUAUUUACUUUGGCUAGUCCAAAGGUAAAUAUAUUUACGAUUAUAUGAUAAAGUCAACUUCAACGUCAUAAUAGUCCUAAUACGGACGUAACUGUUCAGUAUUAACCCAUAACUGCUAAAUGUUCCAUGCUAAUGUUCUUCCUCUUCUUCUUCAGCAAUUAGACGAAUGUUCUCUUUCGCUAUCUUUGCUGCCCGUCGUUUUGGUGUGAAUUCUUUAACUGUUGCAUCCAAUUUCUUCUGGCUUGCUCUGUCGCACGAUAACUCCAUCGGAUACAACUGUUGUAUGGCACGUUCCAGGAACGACUUACCAGCUCUCAAUCGUACUGCUCUCACAAUUCCGUCUCUGCCUUUUAUCAGCUUUUCUACGAUGCCAAUUUUCCAUCGCCCACGAUUUCGUUCAUCACCCUUUAUUAAGACUACAUCUCCAGGUUUUGCAUUCAUCUCCGUUGUUUUGUUCUUCAAGUUGUGUCGUUCUCUCAAAGCUUUCAAAUACUCAGCUGACCAUCUCGACCACCAUGCAUUCUUACAUCGUUGCAAGUACUUUGCUCUUUUUCUCAGAUCACCAUCGUUUUCAUCAUCAAGUUCUGCACUUUCUGGUAUCAAAUUAGGACGUCCUACUAUCAUGGCAUGUGGUGUUAGAGUUGGCAAUUGAAUGUCAUCUUCGACGUAAUUUAAUGGUCGAUUGUUUAGGACUGUCUCAAUAUCCAAGAGCACUUCUUCCAGUUCCUCCCAGCGCAAAUUUGCUUUACCCGUGGUCUUAUAGAGAGCUUGUUUCACAAGCCCCACCAUCCUUUCAAAUUGACCACCCCACCAAGGGGCGCGGCUUAAAUUGAAUUGCCAUGCAAUUUUCUGCUUCGCUAGCCAAUCAUGCAACUGUUCAUCUCUCAUAGCCUUACGUAACCAAUUUGCAGCUGCGACGAAAGUUUUCCCAUUGUCUGAGUAAAUCCGGUCUGGUCGUCCCCGUCUUGCAAUAAGUCGCUUCAAACUUCGAAUGCAUUCGUCGGUCGUAAGAUCAGGCAGCAACUCCAGGUACAAUGCGCGUGUCAAACUGCAAGCGUAAAGCAAUAUGUAUGACUUCUUCUCUUGACCUUUCUUAGCUCGAUACGUUAUCGGUCCAGCAUAAUCAAUUCCGACAACUUGAAAUGGCCAUGCUCCUUCAGUUCUAUUUCGCGGAAGAUUGCCCGGAGGUGGUUGAGCAAGGGCGGUAGCUUGAUGACGUUUGCAGCCAUAGCACUUCUUGAUUACACGCUUCGUAACACUUCGCAGACGAGGGAUCCAGUACUCCUUUCUGAUUUCUGUCAUAACAAGUCCCACUCCCCCAUGCAAAGUUCGCACAUGAGCAUCCAUCACCAGCUUUUCUGUAAGUGUUGACUUGUCAGGAAGGUAUACUGGGUAAUCUCCCUGAAUUCGACCUCGACAUUCGAACAACUCUUUGUCAUUUCUCUGUAAGUUGAGACGCUGUCGAUCUUCCUCGAAUUCUCUGGUUCCUUGACAUUUCUCUUGCACUCGCUUUACCCAGAAGUCGACUUGAAGGUUGGUUUCUGCUGUCUUUAGAGGACCUUUGAUUCGUUCCGAUUGCUUCAACUUGCAAUUGCUGGUGAACCUUGCUACCCAAGCGGUUGUUCGUAUGACUUUCCAAUACUCGAACUUUUCCAUCAGCUCAUCAAGCUUAUCUUCCUCUCGCAUCGCUACUGCCAACACAUCUCGUACAAUCUUAGCUUCGGAUUCACUUUCUGCAGUCGCGCUCGUAACAACUGUCUCUGGCCAACUUUCUGGAUGCUGCAGCCAUGCAGGUCCCCGCCACCAAAGCUCGGAUAGUUGUUCUACAGAUCCACCACGGCUUCCCACGUCUGCUGGGUUUUCGGCUGUAGGUACAUGUCCCCACUGGAUGUAAUGCUUUUCUUGGAUUUUUCUUACGCGAUUUCUUACAAACUGUUUAUAUUCUCCAUUCCCGUUUAUCCAAUGGAGAGCCACGGUACUGUCAAGCCAACCGUAAACGCCUGUUACUGGAAAACCCGCCAAUGCUACUUUCACGUUGUGCACAAGGUUAGUACUCAUAUGCGCCGACACUAGCUCUUGUCUGGGAAUGGUCAGUCCGUGUUUUGCGAGACGCGACUUGGCGGCAACGAGUCCCUGGCUGACUCCUGUCUGUUGCUGAAUCACUGCGUACACUAUCGUUGAAACCCCUUUUCCACUUGCGUCCCCGAAAGUAUGCAGUUGGAUUCCUGUGAUCUCUUCUUGAUACUUGACAAGGCUUCUUGGCACUGUCACUUGGUCAGGUAGAUGUUUCUCCCAACGCAACCAUUUGUUAAGAACUGGAGUAGGUAGCUGUUUGUCCCAACAUUUUUGGAUUUCACAAACAUCACGAUACAGCAUCUUACCAGCCACAGUGAUUGGUGACACUAAUCCUAAUGGAUCGUAGAUUCUGGCAAGGUACCCAAGAUUCCUCUUCUUGUGGGUUCUGCUUUCUGUUGCGACACUUUGACUGCUAUAGUAUCUUCACCUUUCUUCCAUGGUAAGCCCAGUAACUUGGUUUCACCUUGCUGCACUCCUAGUUGCUCCUUCGCAUAACUUUGUUGUUGGUCAAGGGUGGAUGUGCUGGUUGUUUCUAGGUCAGGGUUGUUUGAAUGCCACUUAUGAAGUUCAAAGUUUGCUUCGCCAAAAAUCGUUUGAGAUGUUUCUUUCAAGUGUAAGGCUUUGGCUGGGGUCUCUCCUCCACCAAUUAGGUCAUCCACAUAAAGGCUUCGUCUGAUCUCUUCUACUUCGUGUGGGAAUCUCUCUUGACACAGUUCCAAAUGUUGUUCAAUCACUCCUCCCAGAAGGAAGGGGGAUGGAGCGAGGCCAAACAGGGCGCGUGUGAAUCGUAGUGUUUCCACUUCUUUAGUUCCCAAAUCUUUGAACCAAUGAAAUUUCAACACAUCUCGAUCUUGAUUCUUUAUCCACACUUGUAAGAAUGCUUGCUUCAGAUCUCCCGCAAUGGCCACUGGAUAGAAUCGAUUUCUCACCAACACGCUCCAAAGUAAGUUCUGCAAGGAUGGCCCAGUUUCCAAACACUCAUUCAGGGAAGGUGCUUUCUCAUUCUCUCGAGCAGAAGCAUCGUAAACGAUGCGAAGCUUGGUGGUCUCGGCGGAAUCACGAACAACGGGUUUGUGAGGGAUGUAGAACUCACGACCAUCUGCUUCUUCUGUUGCUUUCUCUACAAUGCCUUGCGAUAACUGAUCUUUGAUAACAUCAUCAUACUUCUGAAGCAUACCGGGUUGUUUCUCCAACUUCCUGGCAAGGUAAUUUAACCUUCUUAGACUUCCCAGCUCAUUAUUUGGUAAAGGUGGAUGGCAUCCUCUCCAGGGAAGGCCGGUUUCAUACGAUCCAUCUGGGCGUCUGAUCAACUGUUCCUUGAAUUCUUCAUAUACACUCCGUUGGUCUCCUGCUGGCGAAUCUUUCAAGCCCAACACAUCAAGGCUGCAGAGAUUUUCAUAGUCCACGGUUGACGUUUGCGUUAAGAACAUGUUUGACAAGUCCACUUCACUUCCAGGUGAGAUAAGGGUCCAACCAAAACGGGUGAAUUCUGCAACAGGGUCUCCAGGUUUACCAACACGGGGUCUGGUUUCGGUUUUAAUUUUCGCAUAUUCACUUGCCCCUAGAAUAAGGUGAACAGGCAAUUCUGGCUUCUCAUCCACAUCUUGCAUCUUUAUUCCGUUGAGGUAGGUGAAUUUCUCUAUUAUCUCCUUGUAUCUGGGGUUGGUUAGGGAAAGGAGUUUAUCACGGUCAACUUUUGUUACCUCGGUAUCAAGAUGAAAGUUUUCUUCUAAGCUAUCAAUCUUGAUCUUGUGAACUUCUAUCAUCUUGGUGCUCGAUUGCAUCAUCAUCUCAAUUCUUCGAUACUCUUUGCGAACAGGUGAAGUAUUCAGACGAGCUAGGAGAGUUGCAGAAGCAUAGGAGCUUCCAGCGCCAGUGUCUAAUAAAGCUCUACACAUGAUUCCAUCUACUUCUACCACGACUAUUGGAUAUACGACUGCUCCUUCGCCUGUAGCCACAAGUAGGGGGGUUUUACUUUCACAAAUCGAGGUGUGAUGUCUUCUCUUGCAAUUGCGACAUCCCAAUUGGCUUCGACAUUCAGAUGCUUUAUGACUUUUUCCUGUACAGUUAAAACAUAGUUGUUUAGUGGACAGGAUCUUUUUGCGGUCAGCAACAGUAACAACACUCUUACAUUCGGCUGGCUUAUGAUCAGUGUUCUCACAAUAAAUACAUGGUUUUGGUUUGGAUUCUUGUUGCUUUGUUUGGAAGCUUCUGGUUUUCUUUGUACCAACUGAAUUGGUGUCAUUAAUCUUCUCCUCCUUUUUGAUUGGGUUUCUCACUGUCCACUUCCCUAAUGCUUCAAUCAAUUCUGGGAAUUUCCACUCUUGCCAGGAGUCAUCAGUUCGAACUAGAUCUCCACGAAUUCCUUCCAAUUUAUCAAUAGUCAUUCGAACAUAACCAGCUAUUUCUUUCAACUUCCCCAGGGUUUCAAGCGAUUGGGCAUUCCAUAGAAGCUUCUCGUAAAAAUCAUGUAUCUUUGCAGGAUUGGAGCCCUGGACCCGAGGUAGCAAUAAUAUGUUCUGGAUAUAGGCAUUAACUAUUUCGCUAGUAUUCCCGUACUUGCCCUUCAAAAUAGCUUUGGCGCGUUCGUACCCUUCAGAGGUCAGGGGUAAACCAUCAAUACGGCUUCGAACUUUUGCAUCUAGCAGCUCUUUCAGGUAGGAAAAUUUAGUUACAAUAGGUAUUUCAGCAGCCUCUAUCUCCGCCUCAAACUGAUUCCAAAAUCUGAGCCAGUCAGUAAAUUCUCCGUUAAAUUUCGAAAUAACAAGUUUUGGUAGCUUUGAAUUUGACCUUGAAAGAUUAUCCUUAGUCUUGACUUGAGCUUGGCGGCUUUCUUCGAUUUUCUUCUCAUACAUCAUUCGUUGUUCAAAUUUUUCUUCUUCAAAUUUCAUCUCUCUUUCGAAUUGUUUCUGCUUCAUUUGCUCUAUAAGUUGUUCUUCGUCUUGCUUUGUUUGUUCCAAUGAUCUUUUGUUCAGUUCCUUUAUCACGCUUUCAAGCUUUUCUAUAUUCCCUUCAAAAGUCGUCAACUGGCUGUCGAUAUCCGAGCUCCACUCACGUAUAUUAUCUGUCUCCUCGUCACUUUGAAUUUUAAGCUCUUGUAUUUCAACUUUUAAACUGUAUACUUCUUCCAAUUUCGUUUUGAGCACUCUUUGUUGUCUUUCCAGUGACGGUACGUGUCCUUUCUCAAUUGUUCGUUGUGUUUCUUCAUCGGUUAGCUUCAGUAGUUUGAUCUUAGUCUCCAUCGAUUUCAAUUUACCUUCGUAGGUCGCCAUAUUUUCACAAAUUUCACACAAAUUUUCCGAGAUUUUCGCUUAAAAUCACAGUUCCCAUUCACGUCAGAGGUGCCACUUUGUCGAUAAUCGCUUUAUGAGACGACAAUAAAGACCUACGAUUGGUUCUAUUCCUUUUUAAUAUCUAAAACAUGCUAUUUUUAUACUAAAUAAAUGCUCUCGAAAAACAACAACGUUCCGCCAUCUUGGAUUCUCACACGUGUUUUUAUAACCCUAUUUAUCCCUACAUAUCCACAUUUAUAAUGUCCUGUCCGUUUCUAUCUCUAGAUAUCAACUUGAAUUAUCGCUUGUCCGUCUAUAUCCCUACAUUUUCCCACAAUUAUAAAAUCGGUAUCGGGUAGAUUGUUGCAUUAAUAAUCGGUAAUUUCAGAAAUUCAGGUCGUGGCACAAUCGGUCAAUCGCUAUUAUAUUAAAACCUUGAAAAAUCACAAUCUUGUGGAUAUCACUAUACAGUAGGCUUUUAUAAAACAUGAUUAAAGAUGAACAGCAAAUUAAAAGUUUACGCCCACAUGAAACUUUUACUUUUUUGGCAAGUUAACAUGUAUCAAUCUGAUCAACCCAGGCCUUAAAAUAUCGGUCGGUCACGGACAUUGUCCGACCCAUUCGUGAAAUUGUCCGACGUAGAGAGGAAACCACCGGACAUUCUGUCCGACCAAAGUGAAACUGAGGUUUAUUGUUUGUCCGACCCAAGUGAAUUGGUGUCCGACCGGACUGUAGCUUUGUCCGACGUAAAUCAAAAUGUAUCCUAGCCCAGGACUAGAGGCUUGUAUGUUAAAUGGAAAAUCAGAGUACUAUUGUAUAAAAGGUGAACGGCUGGAAAUGUUGUUGUAACGUAGUCGAGCGCGGCGAAAUGGUGAAGUGGAAAACGGGCUUAAGUUGUCGAAGUCUUUUCUAACACUGCUGUUCUGGCAAGCAAGUUAAUUUUGGCUUGGAAAUAAGUAUGAAAGAAACAAAUUAUUUAAUAUCUUUACAACAUUUACCGUUUAUUCAUUUGUGUCAUUCAGACUUAUUUCCGAGUCAAAACUGAACUGAAGGUCAUCGGACAUAUGUCCGACUCAAACUCAACGUCACCGGACAUUUUGUCAGACGGCCCUGGAAAAGAUAUUUUAAGGCCUGUCAACCAGCCAAGUUUUAUGUACUAUUUAAAACAUGAGCAGGCUGAGCAGCAGUGUUUUAUCAGAUAUAAAGAUACGAGGCGAAGCCAAGUAUAUUUAGGUCUGAUAAAACACGCACUGCGAAUGUUUUAAAUUGCUUCAAAAACGAUCGAUGUAGUAUGUUCAUUGGCGAAGUAAUUUUCAAAAAAUAAUUUGUGUAAGUCGAGAAAAUCAAAGUUAAAGUUUACGUAAAUCAAGGGAAAUCCCUAUCACAUAUAAAGAUACGACAUGCUUAUGAUUUUUCUUUGUGUUUUCCUCAUGAAUUAUUAAUGAGUUUUUGUGAAGUGAAAAUAAGUAAUGUUUUUAUCGUUUCAAUAAACUCUUUUGAAGGACUUAAGCUAACGAUAUUUUAGUAUAAACCUACUAGUAGGCUAUCACAUAUCGUGGCUUCUGAUUGGCUACGCUACUAGUAGGUUAUUAGUGAUAGCCUACUAAUAGAAAAUUCAAAAUGGCGGAAAAUUCGCGUUUUGCACUUUUGCCGAAGUGUCUGAUGAUUUUUUGGACGACUUGUUGAAUAAUUCUGUUCUAAAAAAAAACCAAAAGCAACAAAAAUAUGGAAUGGCAAUUUUUAAGGGUAAGAAAAUAGACAAAAUAACAUACACUCAAUGAAAUUUUAAAAUUAAAACUGAAUUUUGUAAAACAUUUUACGCGAACAAAACUAAAAUAUUUGUUUACCUUUAAUGGUUUUAUAGUGUUUUUUGUGUAUUUUUGUAUUGUGUUUGCAGCCUAGUUGUAAAUUAAUGUUAAAGUAUAAACUAAAACAAUUAGACAACUCGGCCUCGUUGUCUAAUUGUUAAUUAGUACAAUAUUGUUAGUAUUUAGUACAAUAUUGUUAGUAUUUAGUACAAUAUUGUUAGUAUUUAGUACAAUAUUGUUAGUAUUUAGUACAAUAUUGUUAGUAUUUAGUACAAUAUUGUUAGUAUUUAGUACAAUAUUGUUAGUAUUUAGUACAAUAUUGUUAGUAUUUAGUACAAUAUUGUUAUUUAUUAAUUUAGGUUUGUCCUGUGUGUGCUGCGUUGCCUCGGGGUGAUCCGAAUCAUGUGACAGAUGAUUUUAUUGCGCAUUUAACAAUGGAGCAUAAGUCACAAUCAAUUAGAGAUUUCAUAUCCUUUUUUACAAUAAACAAUACUGUAUAUAAUAUUUUAUCGCAAACAUAGUGAUCCAGUAUGUAGGUAGUAUUGUACAAUAACUUUUAGUGGUUUUUGUCUGAACUACCUGAAAAAGACAUCUCAAACGUGGUGGUCCAGUGUAGGUAGUAUUUGUACAAUACGUUUUAGCGGUUUUUGUCUGAACUAUCUGAAAAAGGUAUCUCAAACGUGGUAAUCCAGUGUAGGUGGUAUUCUACAAUAAGCUACCAUGGUUUGUCUGUUUGUCCAGUGUAGAUUGUAUUCUACAAUUUUGCGAAAAUUUCCAAUUUUUACUGUCGUUCCAAUUGAAGUGUUGCUCAAAUAUUGAUUCAAUACAUUACCUCGGGCUGACCAAUUCAUUUGAUCAAGUUCCUCGAGAUAUUCAUACACUUCCUGUGAAAGAGCCAAUUCCAAGUAUUUUGAUCUUUUCUGGUUACUUCCUUUCUACUGUAUUUAUGAUUGGUUAGUUGCACAAACAACAAAGGUGAUUGGUGCAUUCAAACUAUUCAACAGGAAGUGUACAAUUAUACUAGGAAGUGUAUGAAUAUCUCGAGGAACUUGAUGAAAUGGAUUGGUCAGCCGGAGGUAAUGUAUUGAAUCAAUAUUUGAGCAACACUUCAAUUGGAACGACAGUAAAAAAUAUUGAAAAAUACUUUUUCUUUAACUUCAUUGUACGACGAACCGACAGGAAGUCGAGUGCGACGUAUUCUUCAUGGCGGUCGGAGCCUGGGGCAAGCGCGUGCUCGUCGUGCAACCAAUCAGAGUUUAGGCAACUCAUCCUCGACAACACCACAACUUGUCUCGAACCCGGCGACAGUUCGCGAUACAAUCGAUCCAAUUGCCGAGCUGCUGUCGCAACUUUCCGGCGUCCGACGAAGUGCACAGCAAUCCCAGCAGUCUGUGCAAUCCCAACUACAACUUUUACAGCAACAAUUGCAAUUUGAGAGACAACAAGUACAGCAAACUAGGGAGAGAUUAGAACGGUUGCCAAGACGACCAAUGAAUUCCACAAUCGGCACGACAGCUCCAGCGACACAGACAGUACGGAGUGAGAAUUCCAGUACUUCCAAUUCUGCUUUUCUAUUAACAAGGUGAGAUAAUUAAAUCACAACUGAGAGGCCCUAUAUACACCGAACCUGACAAUUUCAAAAGCGUACCCAAAAUUGCCUUGCACAUUCACACAGGCCUAUUCUAGAGACGGCGGACUCUAGAUUUUAACGUUUUCUCGGAGGUGUAUGCUCCCAAACCCGCUGACUGAUAGUACCAUAUAUUGUAUGGAUGCAACUAAAUACGUUUCCGUGAAUGAACAAAUAAUAGAUUUCCCUUAUUACGUUUUCGUAGCGCUUUGCAUUGUGGCUAUAGUGGUAUCGCUGAUAUUCAAGAUGGCUUAUUUUUUGUCCUGACCCGUGCAAGAACUUUUAAAAAAAGCUAGGGUCAGGUGCGCGAUAGCCAACAGCAAAAUAUUCGCGAAAACAUUCAAUAUUUUCAUUCGAGGCCGCUAUCUUUAUCAGUGAUACCACUAUAACCACAAUGCAAAGCGCUACGAAAGCGUAAUAAGGGGAAUCGCGAAUUACGGGCAAAAGCUUCAUUGAAGCAAGAACUUCAUUCAUUCGGUCCAUGAGAAAAUAAUUGACGUUCAAUAGCUAAGAAGAUCGUAAACAGUUUUAAUCCCAGCUAAUUCCAGUUUUUUCUAACGGACCGUAUCGCUAAUCAAGUUAUCAGUUCAUAAAAUCAUUGUGUCAGGGACGCCGGAACUAGGGGGCAGCCGCCCCCGUUGCCCUUUACCAGGAGGGGCAAGGGGGGGCAAAGGUGCCCUUUCAAUUUAAAGGAUUGCCUUGGCGAAAUAGCGAAUUGUCAGAAAUGUUAGUGCGAUUCUUUUACGUGUUUGCUUCAGAAAAUGCAAGAAAUGCAGUCAUAGAAAACAUGAUUAGGCGAAGUUCAACUCCCGAUGUUUUGCAAAAAUCUCUUAGUAUAUACCAAUUCAAAAGUGCCCUUUCACGAAAAUCUGCCCCCCUUGCCUUCACAUCGUUCCGGCGUCCAUGCAUAGUGUUAUUCUUAAAUCAAUGUCAAAAUACGAAAUUUUGGUACACUCCUUGCCAGCUUCGUGUUAACCGCGUAGACAAAAACAAUAGAAAGGGAUUGGAACUGACAUCCAAUAAGCUCUUCAAUAGACCUUAUGCAUAAUGACGUCACAAGGCUUGAUGCCCGCGAGGAAUGCUGGUCUUAGUAGUCAUCGCCCGGGAAAAUUUCGAUAGUGGCCGUUUUGAAUUGUUUAAUUUUCCCGGGCGAUGACUACUAAGACCAGCAUUCCUCGCGGGCAUCAAACCUUGUGACGUCAUUAUGCAUGUUUCUGCCAUCUUGGCUUCACUUUCUGGACUCGAGUUCUCGUUCCAGAUAUAUAUGGAGCUCAGUGGUUUUAAUCUAAUCCUGUGUGUUCGUUUGCAGAUGUUACGACAGUGAACUACAGGAGAACGAGAAAUGCGAGCUAGAAGAACGAAGAGCGAACAGAAGUCUUUUUGUUCAAGAUUUAUUAGUCUCAACCCUCGAGUCUGUAAAGUCUGCUCGACCUGAAGAAUUGCUACCUAUUGAUCAUGAUAAUCAGGACUUACUUAGUACUGCUUCGGCUAUAUCGGAUACGUCAGAAGGAGAUGAGGCCGAAAGUGAGCCAAGUAAACUUGCAGAUGCAGACUUAGAGUUGAUCAAUCUAGACGAUGUCGAUCAAAAAGAAUUAUAACCAUUUCCUUACUAGGAAAAUAGAAUUUGUAGGCCAAUAAGAAAUGUUUUAUCGUUUUGGAAUUCCUAGAAAGGUUGGGAUAUUGGGAUUCUAAGAAUCUUGUAAGAUUCUCGAACCUUAAGAUGUCAUGGUUCUGAGAAAUCCGGUUACAUGGAAAUGAAGACGUGGCCAUUAUAAUGAAAAAAUAAAUGCAUUCAUCUCCCCAUCGAAAUCCGGAUACCGGAAAAAUUGUUUAAAACAUAAAAAGUAAUAAAGAAUAGAUAUCUAUACAACAAAAUAACAAGCUGAUUUAUUUGCUGUUUAAAUAUUAGAGAAUGGUUUUAAAAACAAACACAAUAAUAUUGAAGUAAAUAUCACAGAAAACAAAGCAAAAGUUGAAAUGACAAUUCGACAAUGUGUUAUAAUAUUUUUCUUAAAAUGAAAAUUGUUGCAGUCCAAUUUAUACUCUACCACAUGCCACAUUAAAUACUUGCAAGGUUAUUCAUAGGUAUCUACUGUAUAUUACGAGCAAUAUAACGUUAAAUUCCCUUCUUAGUUCUUAUCAAAAUAUUUGCCAAAAAAGCACCAGAGUCCAAAAUGGAAAACCAUAUAUGCCUUCUCGAUUCGGUGAAAUACAUUUGCAGUUUUUCAUUAUUUAUAAGUUGAAUUUUUGUGGGAAGGAAGGUCUGUCCUGUAUAAAAGCAUAUAUCCAUAUACGUUUUUCUGGUUUUCAACCUUUUGUUCAUUUGUGCGUCUAAUCCUUAUAUAUACAGUCUAUAUGUGUGUUUUCACAAACAGUAUGGUAAUACUGUUUGGUGGACAAAAAGAAUAAAUUUGAUCCUUGCAGUCAUUCAAGUAUACAAAUUACAUAUAAAUAUCCAGCUGGAUUUUUUUUCAGAUAUCCAGUAUCCGGUCAGAUAGUAAAAAUUACUAUCCGAUGCACCCGCAUUAAAGGCCACGUCUUUGGUUUCCCCCUGUAACCAGUCCCAACCACCCUCGUCUCAGGACUUUCUUUACGUCCCGCCGCGCGUCCAGCAGAUAGCUCUGGAACGAGAAUUGAUCUUGAUAUAGGUCUUUUACAUGCGAGAUUUUUACAAAUUAUAGUGGCGCUGUAGGAAAAUUGAACUGAUUGUCAUAAAAUAGUUGUAGUAGCAUAAACGUUUGACGAACUAUCUGAAAAAAACACGUUUGCAUUUCAGGUUGUAGUUUUAAUGUCUGACUGAAAUUUGUUCUAUAAAAAAAUUAUCUGAAGUUGCGAGGUUUUGUGUUCACUGCAUUUGUCUUGUUCAUCGUUGAGCCAAACUCGGUCCCAGAAAAUUUCGUUCCCAGAGAGAAACAAACAAAACAAACAAACAAACAAACAAACAAACAAACAAACAAACAAACAAA